GUCAAAGUGUUGCUGCCUCUUGUCACAGAGAGAACAGUUCCCUUAAAUGCAGCUGCAGCACUUUAGUGUGAUACCUGUCAGAGCCAUUCACAGCGCGAGCUUGGGUUUCUAACCAUGAUGGCAAGAUUGGUCUUUCUCCUUUUCUGUGGAUAUGUUGCAGUAAACCUGGGAAACGCUCAGAAAUUGCCAAGAGUGAAAAGACAGAGCCUGAAAGUUCAGAUCAACGCAACAGAUGACACCGUUUGCAUGAGGUAUCUUCGACCAAGUCAAAACUCCAAACUUGAAGGUUUUGUCCUGGGUUAUGGAAGCAGCUUCUUCUCUAAUCAGUACAUUCCUUUACCUUCAGAAGGGAACACCUACAUAACUGAACUUGAUGCAGAGCCAAGGUAUUUGGUUUCAGUAAGACCAGCACGUGUUUCAAAUAACAAGAAAUCUUGCUCAGGUCGGACCAAGACUCAAAAGCCUCUGCAGCUGGUAGUUGGCACUCUCACCCCAACCUCUGUGUUCCUCUCUUGGGGCAUCCUAGUGAACCCUCAACAUGACUGGACAGCAACAAGUAACUGUGCUAGUGACAGGUUCUAUACUGUUCGCUACAGAGAAAAGGAUAAAGACAAGAAAUGGGUUUUUCAGCUUUGCCCAGUUACAGAGACGGUAGUGGACAAUCUAAAGCCAAACACAGUUUAUGAAUUUGGAGUUAAAGACAACGUAGAGGAUAGUAUAUGGAGCAAGACUUUCAAUCAUAAGACAGUUCUGUCUAAUAAAAAAGUAAAUGGACAUCUCCAGAAUAUGUACAAGUUGGUACCUAAUACCCAAACACAGCUUACGCUACGAGAUAAUAAGAAGUUGGUCCCUGUCACAAUAAUCAAACAAGUUAUUCAGAAUAGGACGCAGUCCAAAACUUCAGAUAGUUCUUCUCUGCCUGGAGCAAUAUUAGUGCACCUUAUUGUUCCGGGUCUCAAUGAAACUCAGCAGAAACUUUUUCCUCCCCUGACAAUAGAUGAUAUAUCUCAAGCAUCCAGGAAAAAACUGGCUAAGAAUGAAACCCAUAUAUGGCCUGCUGAGUCCAAAACACCAGAAGUUCAAGAAAUCUCCCCAGAGUCCCUUCCAGCUCAGGCUGAGAGAAAGCAUGGACCUAAGGAAUUUAAAUCAACACCUAAACCCGAAUUGCAAACUCAGAACAUACUGGCUUCUAAUGAAAUACAUCCACUUCCUUCUGGAUCCAGAAUCUUUGAUGCUCCAAAAAGUCCGUUGACACAACUUGCUACUCUGAGUCCAACCUUGAAAUCUGUAUCUCUACCUUCAGCAGAAACCAGAGAGAUGGAGAUAGCUUUUGAUGAAACACAGCCUAUUUCUUCAAGAUUCAAAACAUCUGGUACCACAGAAGUGCAACCAACCAAGUCUGCUUCAUAUGGCUUUCUUCAUGUUACUUCUACUCUUCAAACUUUUACAGCUUCAGAAAUGCCAGACACUGCUGGAUAUACUGCUGAUUUGGAGAUAACCAUGCCCGUAGUUACCACAGAACCUCAUUUGUUAGAAACAGCAUUGGAUUUAGGUGAAAUGAAGCCUCUUUCUUCAAAAUCCAUAACAUCUGGCAUGCCAGAAAUGCCACCAGUCUCAGCUGCUUUCAAUGAUAUUCAACCUGUUCUUUCAAGCCCUGUGACACCUAGUAAGCCUGAAAUAGCAGAUACCAGACCAGCAACAAUUGAAUCCAUUAUGGAAUCUUUUACACCUAAAACUUAUCAUCCUUUCCAAUGGCCAAGGGUAACAUUAGCUCCAAAAGAAAUACCACUUACUCCUCCUAAACCGAAACCAUCUGCCACCCCAGAAGUACAUCGUGUGAAACCUGCCCCUAAACCACCACUUUUGGAGCCUAAAACUUCUCAGACUGUUGAAAAACCAAAAGCUACAAGAGCUCCCAAAGAAGCAAAACUCAAACCUUCUACAUCUAAACCUAGACCAUCUGCCAGACCCAAAAAGCAACGAACUAAACCUGCAGCAACCAUUCCAGUGUCGGUCACUACUAGGAAACCUUACACAUAUGAACAUCCAAAGACUGCAGAGGUCUGGGAAGCUAUUACACUUAGAGUUGAACCACCAAGGUCUACAGUAGCUCCAAAGGAGAUUCCACAUAUUCCUUCUAAACCUAAAACUUCACCCAAACUUCCUAUCCCACACGCUAAAGAUGUCCUGGAGUCUAUAACACUUAGAACUGCUCGACCAAAACCAACAAUAGUUCCAAAAGAAACACACCGUAUUCCCUCCAAACCUAGAACAUCACCAAGCUCAGAAGUACCACAAACCAAGCCUGUUCUGGAACCAAUUACAUCCAGAACUGAAAAACCGAAGUCAACAGCAGCUCCUAGAGAGACACGUCAUGGGCAUUCAAAACCUAAAACAUCACCCAGUCCACGUGUUCCUCCAACCAGAGCAAGUCCAAAAGAAAGUCGACGAGUCACUGCCAAGCCCAGAACAUCACCAAGUCCAGAUGUACCGCACAUAAAACCUGCUCCUAAAGAACCACAACAUACACCUUUUAAACCUAAACCAGCUCCCAUUCCAGAUGUUCCACACGGCAAGCCUGGAAUCUUUCCAUCCUUCCAUGAACCAGUUACUGCUAUGAUUCCUCAUAUUCCUGAAAGAACAAAGGCAACACUGGCUCCAAGUGAGAAACAAUUCAUUCAUACCAAACCAAAAAAAACUGAGAAACCAAGAGUGCCACACACCAAACCUGCAAUACAUCAAACAACCCCACAACCACUUAUUACAAAAUCUUCUACUACCACUGAGCAGUCAAGGGCAACAAUGGUUCCAAAAGAAACACUGCUCGUUCCUUCCAAACCCAAAACAUCUGUUGAGCCAGAAAUACCACAGACUAAACCUGCUCCAAGGACAACACACCUGGGAUCAAUUAACCUCAUAACAGUUCAUGUUGUUGAUGGGUCCAAAAUGACUUUGGUUCCCAAUGAAACAUACCAGAUUUCACCCAAACCUAAAACGGCUCUUGUAACUGAAAUUCCACGGUUGAAUACAGCGGCAUAUAAAACACGUCUCACUUCUGCAAGACCAAAGCCAUCUGAUAAAUCACAGACCAGACCUGCUCUUAGUAAAGCUACACUAGCACCAGCUAGAACAAAAUCACCUGGCUUGCCAAAGUGGAUUUUGCCAACAACAGAUGAUGUAUAUACACCUGAGGAUAUUACUGAACAAAUCGGCAUGGAUGUAGGAAAACCUUUUGAAUAUAGUGAUACCCAGGAAAAGCUAUUUUCUGUAACUACAUCACCGAGACCACAGCGUCCUCCUCUACCUCCUGUCAAGCCUACACCUAUGCGAAGAAAACCUCUGCCUCCAAAUACUGUGACUGGUAAACCAGGGAGUCCAGCUAAACCCGCUGGACCAACAACACCUGUGAGGACAGGAAUUCCAUAUAAGACACCAACAGCUUUUGCAACUCCAGAGUAUUAUGUUGAUGCAACUGUCUUCAGUUCAAGUCCUACAUCAGAAACAGAUUCUUCAGGCAAACCAAGGUACCAAGCCCCUCAUGUUAAGUACAUGAAGAAAGAUGAUGAUGUGCCUUGCUCUAUCACAAGCUCUCUUGAACAUUUUCCUCAAGAAGAGGCUAGCAUCAAGGAAGAACCUACUCGUCCUCCACAAAAUCCUCCAACCAACCUCACAGUGGUGACUGUCGAGGGCUGUCCAACUUUCGUCAUAUUGGACUGGGAGAAACCAGACAAUGACACUGUUACUGAGUAUGAGGUUGUGUCAACUGAAAAUGGAGCAAGUGAUGGUGAAAAGGAGAAGUCAAUUAUCACUACAAAUCAAACCCAUUCUACAGUGGAAAACCUAAAACCUGACACAAGUUAUGAAUUCCAUGUGAAACCUAAAAACCCGCUUGGUGAAGGUCCAAGUAGCAAUGUUGUGUCUUUCAGUACGGAAUCAGCGGACCCAAGAGUGAGUGAGCCGAUUUCAAUGGGAAAGGACGCUAUCUGGACUGAAAUCCCAUUCAAUUCUGACACCUAUUCAGAAUGCAAAGGGAAACAGUACGUAAAGAGGACUUGGUAUAAGAAGUUCGUAGGUGUGCAGCUGUGUAACUCUUUGAGAUACAAGAUAUACCUCAGCGAUUCACUUACAGGAAAAUUUUAUAACAUAGGAGACCAGAGGGGCCAUGGAGAAGAUCACUGCCAAUUUGUAGACUCGUUCUUAGAUGGAAGGACAGGACAGCAAGAAGAUCUACCAGUCAAAGAUGGAUUUUUCAGGGCAGUUCGUCAGGAACCUGUCAAAUUUGGAAAAAUAGGCGGGGAGACUCACAUUAACUAUGUUCGCUGGUACGAGUGCGGAACAUCAAUCCCUGGGAAAUGGUAGACGUGACGUGAACCUGGUGAAAAGACCCAGCACUAACCAACCCUCCAACUGCCCAACCCAGCUCAAAGAUGGAAAUGUAUGGUAUGCCUGUCACUUAAACAAGUUUGCUGACGUGUAAGGUUUAUACAAGUCUAACGUCAAUACUGCAUUAAUUGUGUAAUAGCGUAGGCUGCUUACUGUAGUUAUCCAGUUUUACAAAUUUUAGAUUUAAAAAAAAAAACAAAACAGGCUCGGGACAUGGUGUAGGAUAAUGCAUAGGGAAGCUGGCUCCCUAUUCUUGAGGUAUGGUUUAUAUGGUAUUUUAAAAGAUGCAGUGUGUAUAUUAUUUAUCACAAUGUUGUAAUAAAUGUUUAAGACACAGUUAUGGUAAAGUUGGUUAUGGAAUGCAGUGUGUGUUAGUUUUUAAAUAUUCACUGGUCAUAUUAUAAUGUAAGUGCCAUAAGCUAUCUGUCCAGAUAAAUCUGUAAUGUCUCCCCCUUCGUAAAUUAUAGAAGAGACCCUACAAUUUUUAAUAUCCUGCAACCAGUAAACUUGAAGCGCUUUCUCCUUACAUGUACAAACAGUUUAUACUCGUGCCUAAACACUGAAGCAGGUUUAUAGUAUGUGCAGCUUUAAACAAACAGGUUAGUAUUUUUUUUCCGUAUUUGUUUUCAAAUGCAAGCUUUACCUCCAGCAAAGCAGUAUGAUCAGCCUAUGACUAAAGAGUUAGAACUAUGACCCAAUAACUUGGCAGUGGUUUGCUUUACUCUAAUUAAAGCAGACAGGUACAUACAUACACUGAAUAAUAAUAAAAAAAAUAAAAAACAAACUGGACUCCAUUGCCGCUUUUCAUGAAAAUGUAAGUUUUCAGAGAAACUUCACGGCUCAAAAACCAACUGUAUGUACAGUGCAAGGAGGGUUUCGAAAGAUAAGUGAAAAUGAAAAAAAUAAGCUAGUCAUAACAGCAUAGUCAGGUUUGUUUUAUUAAAAAAGAAAAAGAAAAAAUGCUUUAAAACAUUGUUUGUUGGGGACAAAUGGGAAAUAGUGAUAACUAAACCUUUAAAAGUGCUUUACAGCAGUUAAAACCUCUCCCAACGCUAUUGUUGUACUGCUCGAACAUUUAUGAACUAAAUAAAGAGAUGUAGUUUUUUUAAAAAAGUGUUAUUCAUUACAUUAUUAAUGUAUUGAAAAAAAAAAUAUGAACAGGAACACCCAGAUAUAUACAAAGUAGAAAUAGUCAUUUAUAAAAAAUGCCUUAUAAAGUACAUUGCAGGUACACUGUACGCCUAAUAAAAUAUUUUUUAAUCAA